AUGCCAUCAAUAACAGCGCUCCAUCCUCGAUCCGUGAUCAAGUCGCGGAUCGAGGAUGGAGCGGAUAACGAAUCUAAUGCCGUGAAAUACUACCUCAAUGAGAUAGUCGAUUUUGACACAGCGGCAGCGUUUCACAAACGCCCAUCGAACGAGGUCGUUCAACGUGAGCUGAGAUCAGCGAUCUUGCUGGCAGAUAAAACCGUAACUAUUGGAUUGACGGCUACCCAGGCUAAGAAAAUCACUACAGACCCAGAGGUCUGUCGUCUUCGAAGAGUCUGUCGCGCAUUGACUGCGGAAAUUCGCAGCCAGGGCUAUAAACGUGUGAAGGAUGCCGCAGACACCGAGAUUGGUGAGCGGAAGAAACGUGCAGAUGCCAGGCUCAACAGUACACUUACGAGGCUCCGAGAGGAGGAGAGGAGAGGAAUCGCCGAAGGCACUUCAGGAAGACAGACACGGCUAUUUUCAACCAACAGUACGAGCUCGGUCGGACCUCUCCUGAGGCUAAACUACAGCCUCAUGUGGCCCGGACCUACCAAAUCCUCGAGCGCAAGGAGCUCGUUGAUCUGCUCUGCUAUUCAACUCCUAGCAAAACAGACGAAGAAGCUCAUCUUCGACGAUUGA